AUGACUGGGGGACGAGGGCAGGACGUCCAGCCGUUCCCUUGGGGAGCUGGGGGCACUGGGAACAGAGGAGGAGGGAUGGUGCCAGGCUACUGCAAGGCCCAGGUAAGCAGAGGGGAGGCUUCAAGACUUGUCAGCUCUGGGGUCUGGCCAAGGGCUGGCCCAAGAGGCCCCCAAGGGAGGGAACAGCCAGAACAGGCGAUGCCAGCUUGAACACGAGCUGCUUCUUCUACCCCUGGGCCACACUGACUGGCAGCACCUCACCAGGGUAUCAGACAGGGGGCAUUCCUAGCCUUUCCUGGAGAUGCCGUGGGUAUCAAACCAAGGACCUUCUGCAUGCCAAGCAGGUGCUCUGCCACUGAGCCGCAAUGGACCUUCUGCUGUGCCUGCAAGGCCCAAACUCAGGCCAGAGUCCCAGCAACCUCCCCUCAGGCGAGGAAGCCUCUAGCCACAGCCAACGUUGGGGAAAGCAAACUAGCCAUUUGCCCAGCAGCCCACUUGGCCCUUGCCCUCAGCUCCAGGACCAGGGAAGGAUCAGGCCUCCCACGGAGGUUCAGAGGAUAAAGGCUUGUGAGCCUCAGCCUUGACAAUCAACACAAUUAAAUGAAAGAUAAUUGGACUCACAAUGAGAAUGUAGAAAAAGCACACAUGCAGAGGGUUCUUGGGAUGAUGCAUGUGUGGCUGGGGGGACGGGUUUGGGUCGCCCUUCUUGCCUUGUUCACACAGUCUGCCCAGCACUGUUCCCCAGUGCUCAGGGGGACUUCCAGAAGGGGUUUUCUGUUGCAAACAGGUCCUGCAGGGCUGGUUUUCAGAUGCAUGCAGUUGGCACGUGGCCUUCCACACAUCUUGUUUAUUCAACUGUGGAUUUUCACUGUUACCCCGCUUGCCAUCCACAUCAGAGGGUGGAGCCUGGCAGAAUUAAUUAAGUUGGUGGCUUUUUUGCCCCUCCUCUGCAUCGCUGGCAGCACAGAAGGAGGCAUAGCUGUCAACCUUCCCUUUUUUGCGGGAAAUUCCCUUAUUCCAGCGUCGUUUACCACUGCUAACCUGGAUUGUUAGAUAUCCCGUAGACUGUCCCCGGGACAGGUGAGGCUGCUAAUCCCUUAUUUUCAAAUCUGAAAGUUGACAGCUAUGAGAAGAAGGCAAGAGGGCAAACGUGGCUAGCCCAGUUAGUUGUCGUGUUUCACAAGGCACAAACUGGAGGCCUGUUGGCAGAAGGGGGAGCGAUAUCUCUUGAUUCUUUUUUUAAUACUUGGGGAAGUGCUAUAUUGAUCUGCUGUUUGGUUUUGUGUGGCUGGGACCAAGUAGCAAUAUUUUUUUUAAAUAUGGCUAAUCUUAUCUAUACAUCCCUGUAACCAUUAACAGCACAGCUAUGCAGUCUCUUCCCCCACCCCUCCCAAAGCGCAGCAUCAAUGAAAGACUGAAGUUCUUUUUUUAAAAAAAUAAUUUUUAUUGGUCUUACAAAAAUUUUAAAAUUCAUUAUAUAUCAUCUCCUAGAAGUCCUUUAUCUUUUUACAAUUCCACCACAUAUAAUAAAAUGUGCCAAGACUGAAGUUCUAAGGAGGAGGUUUUGUGCAUGAAAUUCAGAUUAAACUUUUUAAAAGAGAAAGUCUGGUGUAUGUACUGUGAUUAGUCUGAAGAGGGAAUUCCCCACAAUGACUUGAUAUCACAACUUCCUCUCAUCAGGCCGCUGAAAUUCAAAUGCACCUUCAGCAUUGUAGUCAUUACUGGGAAUGAACAUCUUCUGUCUGUUACUGGUGUAUCUGGAACAAAAUAGCUUAACUUGUGCUCUGGAGAGGAGCUGACGAAUGCAGGGUUUAUGUGUGUGAUAGAGGCCACCCACCAAAACAUCAGUCAGCACCACACACAUGAGAAACUACCCCUCCCCACCCUUCAAAAAAACCCCCACAACAACUCUGUGCCAAGAAAUUUCCACACCAGACAGAGACAGCGGAUGUUUAACAGGUUGUUUCUACUUAUCGGAUUUCCCAGAGGAAGGGGAAAUCCGGAUUAAAUUUAAAUUUAAAAAAUGUGGGCUGGGAUUUUGAUGGUGGUGAUGUUGUAUAAACAAUGCAGAAAACUUGUGUGCCUGAGCAGCAUCGUUUUCCACAAUUAAUUCCUGCCUGGAAGGAGCCUCCAUAGGGAUGCUACCCCAUAACCUGGUGCCAGCUCUUGCCUCUAGAAGCUCAGGAUUCACCCACUCAUCCAUCUGCUUUCUAAACUGAUACACUUUUCUCCUCUGACAUGUUCCUUGGACCCUCCCCUUCCAGGUAUCUACUAUCCCUUCCUCAUAGGAGCUGUCUUGAUUCCUUUUGCAGUCACAAUAUCAAGGCCAGAGACAGUCCUGGGUGCUUCUUGCAGGUCGUUAGCUGCCCAGGAAUGGGACAUGAGCACCUUCUUUGUGUAGAGUAGCUUCUUGGAAGCAGAGCACCAGUUUCCCUCUAGGUGUGGCACCCCUGCCUCUCUUUUAACAGGAAUCCAAGUACGUAGGUGUUUCUCUAAGAUGCUAGUUGGUGCCUGGAGGGGUCCUCUCCAUAAAAUUUCCUUAAGCUGAUGGGCAGCAGUUUCAGGCCCCUGGCUCUGGGCACAUGGAGAAUUAAGCUCCCCAUCUUGAGGUGAUAUCCCAGUUGGUUUGAGGAACACAUUCCAUUCAAACUCUUUCCCAGGUGUGCUUCUUGACCGAGGAGGGUGAAAGGUGUUCAAGGAGCUUCCUGAGGCAGGCCAAAAAUGUGGCCAACUAGCAAAGGUGGUCCCCCACCUUGUAAUGCAUCCCUAACUUCAUUGGCCCAACUGCAUAUCACGGGGAGGGGCUCUGCCCAGCUCAGGUGGGAGGAGGGGAUGGAUGCUGUGCCUGUGUCAAUUAGGAGUGACUCUAAUCCCUCUCUAAGGUUAUUGGUGGUCAAAUGGACUCUGAGAACACAGCUGGGCAGGAUGCUCAGGUGCAGAGCUAGGAGUGGGUGGGAGGCUUUGGCUGGCUCCUCUUUGGGGCCAUUGCCUUAUGGGACCCAGGUGUUGCUGUGCUAGACCCAGAGAAAGAAUAAGAAAUGCAACAGCUGCAGAACUGGUCAGAAGCAGCAGACAGAGAACUCAGUGAUGCAGGAGCUUUGGAGUCUCUGGAAAGUGGGCUAAUGAGAAGGUUGUUGGCAUCCAAAGGUGUCCUGCAGAUUGAUAAUAAGGCAAUGCAAGCAAGUUAAAACAAUGAGCCUUAGGAGUGUCAGGAGCCAUCUUCUACUGAAUCAGACUAUCCAGCUCAGCACUGUCUACACUGGCUGGCAGCAACAGCUCUCCAGUCUUCAUUCAGGGGCCUUCCCAGCCAUACCUGGAGAAGCUGCUUGAGAAUGAACCUGGAACCUUCUACAUGCCAAGCAGAUGCUCUGCCAUCAAGCCACAGCCCUUCCUGGUCUUAAAGUGUGCCAUUCGGCAGUGAUCCCUGCUUGGUAUACAAACUCAUCUUCCUGUAUGUGCUCAUUGAGAUUUACCUUUAAAGUAUUGCACUGUCAAUUGGACUUAUUGACAGUGCCAGAGCAAUCAUCCUGGCACACGUGAACUCCAGAUUACAGGGAAGCCUGUGGAGUCAGCCUGGCAAGCCCAUCUCUGCUCACAGAUUGGUGCCUAUUAUGCUCCUUCCAUAGCAGACUGCUCAGCUGGCACGUCUCAGUGACAGGAAUGUGCCCUCCCUUUCUAACCUAUUGUGUGUUCCACAGUCUCAGGAUGGGUGGCACAAAACCCUCUGAGGGCACAGAAACAUUGCAACCCACCGCUGGUUUUCCCACAAGGGAGAAACCAUGCAUGAAUUGUUUUAUUUAUUAACUGCAGUUGUAUAGCUGUUCCAUAAGAGGAGCUGCUCUAAAGUACAGUGUAGAACAGCAAAAAGAAAUUACCAUUAAGAACUAAAACACCAUCUUAGAAAUUCUGUGUCACUGCCAGUUCUUGACCCACAGCUGGCCCCAUGAGCUAGGUUGCUUGUUUUGCAUAUUUUGUCCGGCUGAACCAGAGACUGGUGGGUUGGUGGAAGCACGUUGGGCCCUGAAUGUGACGCCUGCCCCCCUCCAGCAGCAACAGAUGGCACCUGAGCUUCCCAAUCCCCUUAAUCCUGCCUCCUGCAGGCUGUGCCCCUCACUCACUGCUCAAGGACCUGCUCAGGGACAGCCUUGUGGGUGGGCCAAGCCUAGGGGCUGACCCAGGACAAUCCGGCUGCCCAGCCCCUCAUCCAUGCAGGCAACAGACCCCAGCUGCUUUCUGCUGGCAGAGGCUUGGGGUGAAGGGUCCAGUGAGAGGCAGGGAGUCCAGCUCAUUGUGGGUAGGGAGGCAGAGGGUUGCUGGGCAUGCAGAGAAGGUCUAAGUAGGUAACACUCAACUUCCCUCUCCCCUGCUCAGAUUUGCUGCUGCUGCGGCCCAACCCCUUGCACCUUGUGCUGCCCCUGCUGCCCCGGCAUCAAGGUCUCGACGGGGACCCGGCUCCUCUACAUGCUCUUCCACAUCCUGGCCUGUGCCAGCUGCUGCUUCAUGCUCUCCCGCACUGUGGCCGAAGCCAUCAAGGAGAACGUGAGUGAGUGAGAAGCCACUGCCAUUAGGAGCCUCCUCCACCUGCAUCUGGAGGCUCAUUGGGGCAGGGGGGGGGGGAGAGGACAACUGGCCACUAUUCCGAGAAAAUAAUCUCCUCCAAGUGGCAGGGAGGGGCUCGAAUGACCAGCUUCCUCUUAUUAAUUCACUUCCCUUUUUAAAAUGCUAUUACUCUAGUUCUAUUUAAAAAGAGAAGAAAGCAGAGGAUGGGCUCUGCAAAGCAAACAUUUUAAUUCCACACUAAAUAGUGGCACAGGGAUCCGGGUGGUGCUGUGGGUUAAACCACAGAGCCUAAGACUUGCCGAUCAGAAGGUCGGCGGUUCGAAUCCCCGCGACGGGGUGAGCUCCCGCUGCUCGGUCCCUGCUCCUGCCAACCUAGCAGUUCGAAUGCACAUCAAAGUGCAAGUAGAUAAACAGGUACUGCUCUGGCGGGAAGGUAAACGGCGUUUCCGUGUGCUGCUCUGGUUCGCCAGAAGCGGCUUAGUCAUGCUGGCCACAUGACCCGGAAGCUGUAUGCCGGCUCCCUCAGACAGUAAAGCGAGAUGAGCACCGCAACCCCAGAGUCGGUCACGACUGGAACUAAUGGUCAGGGGUGCCUUUAGCUUUACCUUUUAAAUAGUGGCACAAUGGUUAGCAUGUUGAACUCGGACCAGGAAUACAAGGGUUCAAAUCCCUACUUGGCCAUGAAGCUCACUGGGUGUGAUUUGGGGGGCCAGUCCCCACAUUGCAGCCUAUCUUGCCUCACAGGGUUUCUGUGGGGAUUAAAUGAGAUGGGAAAUAGCUAUGCAUGCUGCCUUGAGCUCCUUGGAGUGGCGCAAAGUGGGAUAUAAAUACAAUCAAUCAAUCAAUCAAUCAAUCAAUCAAUCAAUCAAGGGUUCCAGUGUGGAAGUUCUGGCAAUGCUUCGCCCCACCCCGGUUCUCUCUCCCUUCCUCCCACAGGUGCCUUUCUACGCAGUGCUGUGUGAACACCUUCCUGGGGGCAGUGACUGCGACAUCCUGGUGGGCUACUCAGCUGUCUACAGGGUCUGCUUUGGCACCGCCUGCUUCUACCUGGGCCAGGCAGCCUUCUUGGUCAACAUCAAGUCCAGCAGCAAUGUCCGUGCCCUCUUGCACAAUGGGUGAGGAGAAGGGAGGUCCUGACACAGACCUGGCAGCCCCUGGGCUGUUAUGGAGGAGCAGGCAGAGGAAGCCACAGGCCCGUCCAUCCAGGGGCCACCCUGGUUAUUCACCGCCUCUUUGGGGUCUGUUGCAGGUUCUGGUUCCUGAAGCUCCUCAUCCUUGUGGGGCUCUGCGCAGCCGCCUUCUUCAUCCAAGACCAGCGCUUCCUCCGAGGUAAGGAGAAUAGAAGAGCAGCCCACUUGGCUGCAGGCUGGUGGCUCUGCAAUUUGCUCUUGCCAAGAGCCCCACCCCUCAUCACUGUAGGGACAGCCCUCCAGGUAGGAAUGGAGGAAGGCAGCCAUUUCCCUUCUUCAGCAGCCUUGUUUCCAUUCUGCUGCAGUUCAGUUUCCACCAAAUACGACGUAAUUUGUCUUGCUGCCUGCAGUUUGAUGUAGGUUAAAAUUAUGUAAUGUGAACAACUGUUUGGGUAACUUACAUGCAUUUCAAGGUAAAAGAAAUAUCAAAAGAAUGUAAUUAAAGAAAGAAACACUUAUCAUUCAUUGUCAUCUGCAGACUUGAAAACAACAAGGGGAACAUAUAUGGACCCUUUUUGCUUGACAGAUUUCUGAACAGGCAAAAUGGAGCCAUUCCCUCAUCCUUUUCUGUUUCUGUCAGAAUCAGCAUCCCUCCCUCUGGUGGGGCUUAUUUCCUUACUGAUAAUCCUCUGAGGGGACCCAUAGGAGGCGGUGAUGGCCACCAGCUUUGAAAGAUUGCUUUAAAAGAUUAGACAAAUUCAUGGAGGCAACCGUGCUUCUGAAUACCAGUUCCUGGAAAGCACAGAAGGAAAGGGAGCUCAUGUGCUCAAAUCCUGCUUGCUGGUUUUCCAUUGAGGCAUCUUGUUGGCCACCAUGAGAAGGGGAUGCUGGAUUAGAUGGGCCCUCAUUGGCCUGAUUGAGCAGGCUCCUGUUCCCACGAUCCUGCUCCUCAGCAAAAAAAUGCUUCUCUUUGAGGGAUCUAAGCCAGAAGAGCCUCUUUCCUGCCUUUCCUGGCCAGAGCUGAGCUGGCUUUCCAGUGGGGAAAGAGCCUGGCAGGACAGCCAGAGGUGGCGCUUGGCUUCUUUGGUCCCCCUGACUGCUGCCCACAUUUCUGUCCUCCUUUGGCCCUUGCAGCCUGGCACUUGGUUGGUGUCUGCGGAGGCUUUGCCUUCAUCCUGGUCCAGCUGGUGCUGAUCACAGCCUUUGCCCACACCUGGAACAAGAAUUGGUGAGUCUGCCUUCUGGAUGGAAUGGGUUGGGGCACUUUCCUGGACCAAGAACCCACAAGGGGGCUUGAGAUGGAGGGAGCUGGCCUCAGGUCAGUGUUCCAAACAAGCUUUUCCCUCGUUCUCUCACAGGCUGACAGGCGCCUCCACAGACAAGCGCUGGUACCUGGCUAUCUUCCUGGCCACACUGGGCUUCUACACCAUAGCCUCCACCGCUUACACUUUCCUGUACAAAUUCUACACCCACCCAGGUGGCUGUUUCCUCAACAAGGGGCUGCUGGCCUUCAACGGCGCCCUGUGCCUCCUCAUGUCCUUCAUCUCCAUCACUCCCUGCGUCCGCCUGCGUGAGUAAUGGCAUGUGUGGAUUUUGCAGCACAGGGUGGGAUUGUAGUGGCGGGGGCUCACAGCCUUCUGUGGCCUGCAAGAAGCAAAGUGUAGAGCACUCUCAGGACUUAAUUGCCCAAACAAGAAGCACUGAACCAGUGCCCUCUUCUCCCUGGAAGUUCCUCUCCCAAGGAUGUUCUAGGUGGUUUCCUUAGAGGGGUGGGUGCUAGGUGGGUAAAUAAUUUUAUCAAAUACUCACCUAAGAGAGCAGGCUUCUAGGUACACAACAAGGUGAAGCAGAAAGAAUAGGUCCAGGUGCAAAAGAUGAUUCAGAAACAAGGUCAUGAGACAGUCCCAGGACCCUGUCACAGGGAGCUCAGCAAGGAUGGGGAUCAGAGAGCCGGAGGCCUGUGAUGUUUCCAGCAACUGGAAGGGUCAGGAGGCGGCUUAAAUAUUAAUAAUAUACUCUGCCUCCUAAAGCACACCCUAACUACAGCUUCUGGCAGUGAGGGAGCAUCAGGAAUCAUGUACUCACAAGUAGACCAAUGACUCUGGGCCGAUAGACACAGACUGUAUUUUCACUCUUUAUUGUUGGGAUGGGGAUGCUUUUUGAGGACACUGAUAACCCUUUAUUUCCCUUGCACCUGCCUGCUCCCAGGACAGCCAAGCUCCAGUCCCUUACAGGCCUCCAUCAUCUGCUGCUACGUCAUGUACCUGACCUUCUCUGCCCUGUCCAGCCGGCCACCAGAGAAAGGUCUGUGUCAGCUCUGAGCCUUUGCCUUCUGGGGAGAUCCACAGGGUGAGGCAGGUCCUCAGUCAGCUAAUGGCAUUUUCCUCCUCCUCUCCCACAGUGCAGUACAAGGGGCAGAAUCUCACCAUCUGCUUCCCCAGUGUGAGCAAGGAUGGGAUGCAGACUGAGGACACAACGGUGGCUAUCCUGGGGGCUGGGGUCAUGUACGCCUGCGUCCUCUUUGCCUGGUGGGUACCUGCCUAUGUGCCCCCAGAGGUCUCAAAUCCCAAGCCAGGGAUUGACCCCAGCUUGCCAGAGUGGGCCAGAGGAGGGGUCUGGGAAUAAGGGACCUGCACUGCCACCCAUUCCUGUUACAAGAUAAUAGACUGGUGGAGAAUGCGGGCAAGUUACACCGCGGUCACAUUGGACUUCUGGGGUAAUGCCCUCAGGCUGCCCACCAAGUGAUUCUUUCCUCAAAGCAAUUUGGGGCAGCCCUGACAGGGAGGAGCAGAGCCCGCCUGCUGGACUCCUGGCAUACUGGGAUGGAUUCUGUGGCAGAGAUACAGGACAGGCUGUCCAUCCCAUCCUGUGGUCAGCCUGUCUACAAUGGCUGGGUAGAGGAUGGGCUGUGCUCAGGAAGGGCUCCUGCUGCUGAUUUGCUCAUCCUUGUCCUUCUCCUCCUGCAGCAAUGAAGCAUCAAUGCUCGCUGAGCUGUUUGGACCUCUGUGGAUGGUCAGGAUCUACAGCUUUGAGUUUAAGGUGGGUUCCAGGAAAGGGUCCAGUGUGGGGCAGAAACCCUCUUGAGAGGCAGCUGCUGAUCUUCAAUGCUUUCCCCCCUAACCUCCAGCUCCUGAAACGAUUCUCCAUUGCCCAAGAGGAUUCUCUGCUCUUUUAUCAUUUAUUUGUUAUUUAGCAUUUCAAGUUGCAACCAUUGUAUGUGUUUGGGCAGAAAAGCAGGCAAUAAAAUGAAUGUCUCAGUGCCUGAGGCCUGCUUCUUGGGAUACUGCCGGUGUUCAAGUUCUAAUGUCCAAAUGCACAAUCUGCUUUGUUCCCACAAUGUAUAUCUCAUGGAUUUCCCCUGCAAAACACUGGCAGGGGUGGGCCCAUUCCUAGCCUGGUUACCACUUCCAAAUACAACCAGGGUAGGAUUCCCCCUUUUUCAGCUAGAGGGGAAAAGCCAGCACCCUCUGUAACUGAUACUAGGCUCCCUCCCCAUCCCCAUCAGGAUGGGGAUGGAGAGCCUCUGGCCUUCCAGAUGUUGCUGGACUGCAACUCCCAUUCUCUUCUCCCCAUCCCCAACCCCCUGGGGCCAGACAGGCUGAGGCUGAUGGGAGCUGAAGAGCCAGAGGUCCCCUAUGACCACCAUCGUGACUUAAGGGUUGGGUGAGGGUGCGACCCUGGCAGUUGCCAGCUGUGUUUCCAUUGUGAGCUAAGGGGCAGCCAGAGAAACCAUGAGUGGUGGAUGACCCAUCCUGUUCUCUUUACAGAAGGCGUCCUGUUUCUUCUGUUGCCCUGAUAAGAUGGAAGAGGAGGUAGCAGGUGAGUGCAAUGGAGUCCCAGCAGCAUCAUAAGCCACUUAGGCCUUCCAGUGCCCCCCCAUCCACUGUUGGGGUGCAAGGCAGGUAUCUCAAGUAUGCAUAGCAGGAGGAGCAAUCUUUGGGGACACUCCUCAUCUCAGUCUCUCCUGAAUCUUUUCCCCAGAUGCUCAAAUAAGGGACAGGGGAUGUGUACAGGACUCCCCAACAUUGGGAAACCCCAUAAGAGUCAGGAUAGCUGGUCAUUCGACUAGACAUGGCUAUUGGUGCAGAGCAGGGCUUUGGAUCCCUGAGCUGUGUGAGCAGGAGGGCCCUUUUUCACCCCUGGCCUAGGGCAGAGAGGUGAGCAGGAAGGGUCCCCAGUGGAGCAGCAGAUUGUGCACGGCGACCCUGUGGUCUACAGCUACUCCACCUUCCACUUUGUCUUCUUCCUGGCCUCGCUGUACGUCAUGAUGACUCUCACCAACUGGUUCAGGUAGGAACAAGGUGCCCACAUCCAGGGGGAGUGGCAACUUGUGUGGCAAAAGGUGGGGAGGGGGCAGCUUUGGAGCUUGCAAUGCGACCUGCCUCUGCUCUCCUUGCAGCUAUGAAAAUGCAGUGCUAGAGACCACCUUCACUCACGGCAGCUGGUCAACCUUCUGGGUUAAGGUCUCUUCUGGCUGGGCCUGUGUCCUCCUCUACCUCUGGCUUCUGCUGGGCCCACUCUGCCUCCCAGGCUCACGCCAACGCAACAGCACCUCCCUGCGUGUCUUGCGGCGUCAGCAGCGCAACCUUCACCGCAUCAGUGUUGCUACGUAG